GACCUUGAAAUAUGCAUUACACAAACAAAAACCAUAACUAGCAAAUCUUACAGAUUUUUUUCAUGCAGACAUAGAAAAUAUAAUUAGAAUACAUUUAACAUUUACCUACAUACGACUACGCCUUACGGAGUGAUCCAUUGCCUGAUCGUUCUAGGCAGGAAACUGUUCUGGAGGUAGGCUUUUUACUAAUUAACGUUCUAUAUAUGGUAAAAGUUUGAGGGAAAACUAUUUUCUGACCCGAAAUGCAGUGGGCCGCUUUUAAGAGACUGCCUCCUAAAUGCAAGUGACGUUAAGCGAUGCACUUGACCUGUUUGGAAUUGAAUACUACGACUACAUCUUCCAGAGACAAAACAAGGGGAACUGAGAGACUGCUUAAAUUCCUCAGAAUCUAACGACAAGAGCUCCAAAGUGGUGUAAAUCAGAUCACCUGAAUAGCAUCAUAUCUGCAAGUCAAACCAUCUAGAUAUCAUGUCUGAGGAAGAUCCCAAUAGCGUGAUAGUUGAAGAUCAAAACAGCCGCGUCGGGCUCAGGAGAACCCUUGGAAUCCCUGGAGGAAUUGCAUUUCUUGUAGGAACAAUAAUCGGCUCAGGAAUCUUUGCAACUCCACGAUGGGUCAUGAUGUAUACGGGAUCCGUAGGCCUCAAUAUAGUUGUGUGGUCGCUUUGUGGAGUGAUCGCUCUUUUUGGCGGGCUUUGCUAUGUUGAACUAGGCACAUCGAUUCCAAAGUUUGGUGGAGAGUACGCGUACUUACUAGAAAUCUAUGGGCCCUUUUCUGCAUUUUUGCUUUCUUGGAUAUUCGUGAUAUUUAUCAAGCCAUCGUCUGUAAUGAUUUUGCUGGUGUUUGGUUCGUACGUGGUUGAAGCGUUUUUCCCUGGUUGCAGCAAGGAUCACAACCAGUUGGUCAAGAUAUUAGCUGCUGCAGCUUUAGGUGUUAUCACUUUGGUGAACUGCACAAGCGUCAAGUUGGCAAGCAGAAUGCAAGUAGUGUUUACUGUAGCGAAGAUGGUUGCCAUACUGAUACUUAUCAUUACUGGCAUAGUAAGAAUUGCUCAAGGCCACACCUCCCAUUUUAAUAACGCUUUCGAAGGAUCAACAUCAAGUCUUGGUUUGAUGGGAUUUGCCUUUUAUAACGGUCUGUUCGCGUAUGACGGCUGGAGUCAGUUAAACUACAUUGUGGAGGAAAUCAAGAACCCUAACAAGAAUCUCUCUGUCUGCAUCUCUCUUGGCAUCCCCAUGGUAACGAUCUGCUACGUGCUUGUCAACAUUGGCUACUUAACUGUUCUAAGCCCAGCUGAACUAAUGACGUCAAACGCUGUUGCCGUAACCCUCGCGCAGCGGUUAUACGGAGUGAUGGCCUGGGUAAUCCCUAUACUUGUUGCCUGUUCCACAUUUGGUACCGCUAACGGUAACGCCUUUGCUGGUGGACGUCUCGUUUUCGCUGCAGCUCGUGAGGGUCAUUUGCCCAAGUUUCUUGCCAUGGUCCACACCAAGAGACAUACCCCUCUGCCGGCACUACUCUUCAAUAGCAUUCUUUCAUUGAUCGUGCUAAUCCCGGAUUCAACCACGUUUGAGUUGCUUCUAAACUACUUCACUUUUCUCGCCUGGUUUUAUUAUCUUAUGUGCUUCGCUGGGAUCCUGUGGCUUCGAUUUCGCAGGAAAAACAUGAAAAGACCAUACAAGGUCUGGAUCGGUAUCCCAUGUAUCAUGGUACUGGUAUCCAUCUAUCUUGUCGUAGCUCCUUUCUACCAAGCUCCUUUAGAGUCCUUGUAUUGCCUGCUUAUGGUCUUCUCUGGGACGCCAUUUUAUUUCAUCUUUGUGUAUUAUAAAAUUGCACCAAAGUGGUUUUUCCAGCGAUACGAACGAGUUACCGUCUGGCUUCAGAAGAUUUUCGAUGUUGCUCUUCCAACCGACGAUGAAAUGGAGAAAGAAUGCUGAAGUUAGUUAGUUAUAUAUUGCACAACGGUAGACUAUUGUGAAUAAUUUCCAAGUUGAUAUAUGUGAGUUAGCCUUCUCGGCAUUUUGAACAUCUCAUGCAGUUUAAUUGUUUUCAACCUAAGGUGGAUCCAAACCAAGUCAUUCAGAGUUCGUUUCACCUUACCUCUAACAAAAACUUACAUGCAAAUUUUAUUAGGUUAACAUUUAACAAUCUUUUUUGCACUACCAUUUGACAUUAAAAACAUUUUUCUCGCGUGUAGAGGCGUCAAGAAUAAAUCGGUUCUUUAGGUGAAAAAUGUAUUCUGAUCCUUCAAGUAUACAUCAACCACACAAAUAUGAUAUCGAGCACAAAAUGUUUGUCAAUAAACUUUUCUGUUUAUGAAA